AACGUCACAUAGUCGUAAAUAAUCAUAUCAUACUUCCAGCGGUCUUUUCACGGUAACUGGGUGAAGUUUGUGUUCGCUGGAGAAUGACGUUCCUUCCUCUUAAAGGGACAGCGUGAGUAUUUCGACUCUACGGCUGCAGGGAGCAUGCGUAUCACUUUAAAACCCGCAUGACAGUCUGCGGAGGUGAAAGUGGGCCGUGUGUGUGACUUGGUACUGUUCGGGGCUUUAGCAUUCUUAUACCCCGCCGACCGCCGUCGACCUUUGAAUCUCGGAGACCUGGGCGUGUAGGCAGUUCCGCCGUCCACGGUGCCAAUUGGCUGAGCUCUUCUCCGCUGCAUACAGCUGCUUCCUACUGCAUGUCGUAGCCCAAACACAGCCGACAGUGCACACACACACACACACACACACACACGCACGUCAUGUGUGCACGAUGCUGCUGGAGCCCAAAGUCCCCCCGGUCAGUGACGCGGUCUCUUAUCUGAAUGUUUGAAGAUUAACGAGGUUAUCGGUGUCCUGUAGACUACAAGCUACUGCCAGCUGUACCCUGCAGGCCAGGAAGCCGAAAGAGCAGGCGGACAGCGUGUCGAAGGCGGACUGACUUGGAGGAAGGAGGUCGCUGCUGUAGCUGCAUCGGACAACGGCAGAGCUCGGAGCCAUGACCGAGAAACGGAUGUCGCGGUGGUAUUUCGGUGGGCUGGCGUCCUGCGGAGCCGCCUGCUGCACGCAUCCUCUGGAUCUGCUGAAGGUACACCUGCAGACACAGCAGGAGGUGAAGAAGAGGAUGAUGGGGAUGGCCGUUCAUGUGGUGAAGAGCGAUGGGGUGCUGGCUCUUUACAAUGGCCUCUCUGCCUCCCUUUGCAGACAGAUGUCCUAUUCCCUCACCAGAUUUGCCAUCUAUGAGACAGUGAGGGACAUGAUGGGCAGCACAAGUCAGGGCCCCAUGCCCUUUUACCAGAAGGUCCUGCUGGGAGCCUUCGGAGGUUUCACUGGAGGGUUUGUUGGUACGCCCGCAGACAUGGUGAAUGUCAGGAUGCAGAAUGACAUGAAACUACCACCGGAACUGAGGAGAAACUACAAACAUGCCGUCGAUGGGCUCUUCAGAGUCUUCAGAGAAGAGGGUGUGAGGAGACUGUACUCAGGAGCCACCAUGGCCUCCAGCAGGGGAGCGAUGGUCACUGUGGGACAGUUGGCGUGUUACGACCAGGCCAAGCAGCUCGUGCUGGGCACAGGCAUCAUGGGGGAUAACAUACUCACACACUUUCUUUCCAGCUUCAUCGCUGGAGGCUGUGCUACAUUCUUGUGUCAGCCUCUGGAUGUACUAAAGACGAGGCUGAUGAGCUCAAAGGGAGAGUACACAGGGGUGACUCAUUGCUUACAAGAAACUGCCAAGCUUGGUCCGUUGGCAUUUUACAAGGGUCUGGUCCCCGCAGGGAUCCGCUUGAUUCCUCACACAGUGCUCACCUUCAUCUUCCUCGAGCAGCUCAAGAUAAACUUCGGCAUUCGCAUCAUCUCCUGAGCACGCUCAGUGACCGGCCGCAUUCCCGCCCCCACAACUUCCCCUCCCACAGCACCCUGUCAUCGCUCUUCUCUUGGCAUUUACAAGCAAAGAAGCAAGAAAGGGAGUCGUGUACAGUUUGUUAUGGGCUUGUGCAUGUUCCCCUUCUCUUUCUGCUCUACCUCCUAUCUCACCACUAGUAAUGAUUAUUAUGAGCACCAGCUUCUAGAAGGGACAAUGACGAGAACUAAUGGACGGUUUCCUUUUGUCAGCAUAGAACAUGCUAAAUGUAAAGGCGCUUCAAAUGUGAUUAAUAGAACGGCCUCCCAAAUUCAGAGAGGAGAUUAAAACGAUCUCCCGCAGAUGUUUAAUGUAGUCGUCCAGUUUUAAGUUCAGCUUGGGUUAGUUACGUGACAGGAUGAGACGAGAUUAAGUGUUUAUUUAGAGUUAAGGAGCAAUUAAUCUGUCACGACAGACUAAAUGUUGAUUUUCUUUUACUAAUUCCAGUUCAGAUUUUGUGAUUUUAUGUUUUAAUGUCAGCAGUUUCACCAGUGCUGUGCAGCGCCCUGAGAGCUCACUCCAGUGUGUGAGCCACGACUGUGACUUAAAAAGUUAGUGCCAGGAAUGUGUUUCCUACUAAUACGAAUACUUUUAUUGGUGUCAUGUUAUCAUAUAGCAGAAGUCCAAAAUGCAAACAAACACAGUGUAGCCUUGUCAUCAGUGCCAUUCUUUCCCAUCUGUAAUAUUUCCCAAAAGCCAUUCACUGAAAGCUGUUGUAAUUACAUGGUAAUCAUUCCCAACAGCGGUGACCAAAUGUGAUGCACCCCGAAUGUAACAGUUCAUUCGUUUUGCGUUUCUCUUCACUAAAUGUUUUAUAACUGGAAGUCACCUACUAACAGGUUAAACUGUCGUUAACUUUUGACCCGAUUCUCCUUUACUUCAUUCCGAUUCCUCUGUCAUCGUUUCACUCCCAAAUGUAUUGGAGAAGAGGACCAAGCUUGUUCGUCUCGUGUUUUUAAGUAAGGAGGGAGUUUGUGGAGGAAGCCCAGUGACAUUCUGUACGACCACUUGAUCUCUUAAAAAGGUUCUUACUGAUCGAACAGAGAUGCAUGUAGAGGACUGCUGAACUGUACAAGUGUACAUGUAGCAUUUCCUUCCGUAAUGUUUCGUUUAGCUGAAUGCAUAUCAGACUUUAUGACUCAGGAUGCUACUGUUUUAUAAGGCACUUUAUAACAAUCUCUGGACUCCUACUGACUAACCUGCUGCGUAGAAACACAUGCUGCAUACUAGAACAAGCUCUAAUAGUAAACACAUGUAUUCAGAUGUUUUGAAUUCACGAUGUUAGAAGGUUAAAAUUAAGGCCAAUCUCUAAUGCUUUGUGACUCUUGCCAGUUAUUGUCCAGCGAUAAGUUUGGCCUUGGUUCAGUGACAUAAAGCAUUUCCUGUGCUGUGCCUGCUCUGUUGACGUCAAGUCAUGUUGCCUUACGUUAUGUGUCCUCCAGGGAGCAGUAUAGUAACGUGAAUGAUAUCAAUGCCAACAACCUGAACUCCUGGGUAUCCUGUGAAACCUUCAUCUGAGGAGAGCCAUAACUUUAGAUCAGCCUCAGACUGUAACUGUGCACGUUGUUAUGCUCAAGUGUCCCUCAACAAUGUGAGGUACUGUAGAUCAGCCAUAGAGAGUAAUGUUAACCCCAGGUUUAUUCAUAUGCACAGAAAUGAAACUGGAGGGGCCCUCAGUGCUGGGUGAUUAUACUUUGUAGAUGACUGACUAAUGAUUUUGGAAUUAAAAUACUAAUGGGA